UUGACCUUCAGCUCUUCAUUUUGGAGGCGAAAAUAUUCUAAAUGAAAACAAAAUCAAAGUCCACUUUAAAUGCUGUACAUGAAUAAACUAAGUACUACCAGGACAUUGUUCUGCAAGAAUCGUGUACCAGACAUACCAAGGCAGCUUUUUGCUGUGUUCAGUUAAACAUCAGCUGCUACAAUGCCCCGUGAAACCACAUAUGGUCCGGAUGAGGAAUGUCCCCCACUGAAGAAAGAUGUACUGAGGUUAUACAGUAUGAGAUUCUGUCCAUAUGCACAGAGAACCCGUCUAAUGUUAGAACACAAAAACAUAAAAUAUGAAACAAUCAAUGUGAACCUGAAGAAAAAACCAAAGUGGAUUUAUGCGUUGAAUGCUUCUGGGAAAGUUCCAAUUCUACAGCUGAAUGAUGAUGUCAUCUACGAGUCAUUUGCAACGUGUGAGUGGCUGGAUGAUGUGUUUCCUGGGCCUCGCCUCACCCCUGAAGACCAGAAAACUAGAAUCAGGGACAGAAUGCUUAUGUAUGGCUUCUCAGAGAUCAUUCCUCAGUUUUAUGCUAUCGGGCGAGAGGAGGACAAGACAAGAGCAAUAAAGAAGUUCAAGAGAUUGUUAAAGCCUUAUGAAGAUGUCUUAACUGGUGACUUUUUUGGGGGUAGUGCUCCAAACUUACUCGACUUUAACAUAUGGCCAUGGAUUGAGAGAUUGGGUGUAUUGAAAGCUAAAGCAGGCUUUGAACUGAGCCCAAAAGAAUUCCCUAAGUUCACUCAAUGGAUUUGCGACAUGCAUGAAUUGCCAGCUGUCAAGAGUACACGGUUUAAUGAUCAAGAUCACACAUAUUUCCUCAGCACUGUAUUUCAAGGCGAACCUGAGUUUGAUUAUGGUUUAGUCCCAACUGCUCAACUUUAAAAUUUGAGGAAAACAGCCAGGUUUCUUGGACUUCAUAAUUUGGCCCUGGUUUGAGCGUUUAGGAGCUUUAAAUCAAUUAUCAGGCUUCCAACUUGAUGCCAAUGAAAAUCCAAGGAUUGUUGGCUGGAUUUCCCGAAUGUUUCACCUCCCAGCUGUGGUGAAGACAAUGUUUGGAGAUGAUGCACAUGUUAACUUUAUGGUGACCCUCGGUGCAGGUGCACCUGACUAUGAUUAUGGAUUAACUGCUCACCUUUAACGAUAUAACAGUAUUGACUUUUUACCUUACCUCCAGUUCAAAAACACAAAAAUAAUUCAGUUCAAAAACAAAUGGGUAUGGUGUGAUUUGAAUACUGCUUUGAUUUGGUGCUAUUUAAUUUGGUGGAUUGGGCCAGAAAGGGCAAAUUUUGAAAUUUUGGCUGCUACUUAAUUUGGCAGAUCCC